AUGCCUGCUCAUGAGAGCCAAGAUCCUAGCGAGUCUGAGCCUAGAUAUAAACUCAAAAUCAAGAGAAACAUGCUUUAUCUAAAGUCCUAUUUCAGGGAUAUGAAAUGCCCAGGAUGCUAUAAAAUCACCACCGUCUUUAGCCAUGCACAAACAGUAGCUUUGUGCAUUGGUUGCUCUACUGUCCUCUGCCAGUCUACAGGAGGAAAAGCAAGGCUUACAGAAGGAUGCUUCUUCAGACGGAAGCAGCACUAAAAUCUCCCUG